UUGCAGGUUCUUUGAGCCAGUUGACUUGCCUGGUGCUUGUAAAUGCAAUUUACUUUAAAGGCCUGUGGAAUAUCCCAUUCAAGAAAGAUGACACAUCCCCCAUGCCUUUCCAUGUUUCUGCAACUCAGAAGAAAACUGUAGAUAUGAUGAAACUAAAGAAAAACUUUAUGUAUACAGAGGCAAAACAACUUCAAGCUCAAGUUUUGAAGCUCAAUUACAAGGGGGGGCAGUUGAGCAUGGUAAUACUCUUGCCAAAGAAGAAUAAUGGUCUUAAGAAAUUAGAAGCAAAGCUUGCAUCUUUGAAUCUAGCUGAUAUUCUGGACGAAAUGUAUGAAGUUAAAGUGGAGGUCUACUUACCAAAAUUCAAACUGGAACACAAAAUAGACCUGAGAGAUACUUUGGAGAAACUUGGUAUGAAGGCUAUGUUUGAUCCAUGUAAAGCAGAUCUCACUGGUAUAAGUGACUCACAACCUGGCCUUGUUGUUAGCCGCAUCUUGCACAAAGCUUUCAUAGAAGUAAAUGAGGAAGGCACUGAAGCUGCAGCAGCAACUGGUGCUGAAAUUGUUCUACUGUCUCUGCGAACAACUAUACCUCGUCCUGUUGUGUUCAAAGCUGAUCAUCCAUUCCUGUUUCUGCUCAUAAGUGUUGUUAACAAAGCUAUCCUUUUUAUUGGAAGAGUUCAGGAUGUAGAAUCAAGCAAUCCAGAAGGUCUGGGCCCUACCAGUAGCUGUCAGCAUCUGUGACAUGGGUCCCUGUAAGAUCAUGAGCAAUAGUCCUCACCAAGAGACUUUUGGUUAAGCACAAGAAAAACCUCUUGCAGCUGAGUUUGUAAACUGACUGCUGCAGCUCACUUAACUGCUAUAAUGCUGCUUUGACAAUGGAUGUAAAUCUGCAUUUUUAUAAUAACUGUCAAUUUUGAAGACCUGUUGCUAUGCUUCAACUGGUCAUGUAUCUCAGAUGGUGAUUGGCAGUUACAAAUACUGAAAGAAGAAGUCAAGACAGUCUUUUGAAUGUAAUGAUGAACUUUGCAAAUCAAACUGAUACAGAAUGUGUAUUACAAAUACUGGUAUAAGACUGCACUACAAAAACACAUGCAAGACAGAGCAAACUGAGAGCCAAAUUGCUUUUGCCUUGUCACUUGAAUACAAUACCAGUAAUGGUUUACAUAAUAUACCAUUAUUA